AUGGCUGAUUUACAGCGAAGACCGGCCCACCUGCGGCUUAGUUCACAAUACGAAAGAGUUCGCAAUAAAACAUCCACGUCCACUUCUUCCACUUCUUCUUUCUCCACCACUUCAGCGAAGAAACCUGUUGAUUCCGAUAAUUGUGAAGAUCGUGGCCGUACACCAAGCAAAGGAUGUGUUAGCAACAACUACAGUAUUGACAACUUCUCCCAAAAAAGUCAACCUCAACAUUGUUUACAAUCCAAUAACAGAGAACAGGACUUUCGAUCUCGCAAAAAGCUGUCCCGAGCGCACCAGGUACUUCUUCAUCAAGCUAUAAACUAUAAUCACCGGACAAGCCAUGAAAUACCACGAUCAGUUUCGGCUGAUGGAAUGCUCCAAAAAUAUCGCAAAGAUCAGCCUAAAGUACUUCCAAACCAAAGCCAUUUAAAGAAAAAUAUCCAAAUGGUUGAGCAACCUCAACGACCGCAGUUUAGACGCUGGCACCUGUACCAAUUGAAUGAUGAAAUAAACCAGGAAACGGAAACAACAACCGCAACCGCAACAACAAAUUCAAGAAAGCCCUUUAUAAAAUACAGUGAUAGUGUGAGUCCACUCACAGUUUUGAAGGAUGAGUACAACAUCAAACGCCCUUCAUUGAAUAGUGCACAUUCUCUGUCAAAUUCACUUGCUCACACGCAUACUGUUACCCCUGUCUCUGCUCAGGGCCAAGACCAAGACCAAGACCGAGACCGUGGUCAUGGUCUUGAUGCUGAUAUUGAUUUAGCUCAUAUGAACGGACACGCAUCAAUGGAUUAUACUAUAAAUACUCCUCAUGAAAACCUCAAAGAAGAUGAUCAUCCGGUCUCUGGUAGACCGAGUCCCGAGCGACCUAAUAUGUAUAUGAAAAUGAGGCAAUUAACAGCGGAAACAUUAAAGUCACUUCUUGGUAAAGACGAAACUGUAAUAUCUCCAAGAAAGGACACAGGAGUCUCACGAUUGUCGCUCAGUAGCAUUCGAAGCAAUAGUAGCAGCAACAGCAAUGCUGAUGAAGACCUGCCACUAACCACUGUUUUAAAUGGCGAAACAGAUAACAAGUUUAUAUCAAUGAAUGAAAUGGACACUCAAUAUCCGGUGGAGCAAAUAGAAGACAUUCCAAUCAAGCACAAACUCCCUGAGUUGCAAGAUAUGAUGAAAGAACUCACAGAUUUUAAGGUCACUAUUAGUGAGAACAGCUCUAGUGCAUCACUUCCCAAAAUGAGUCGAACCCAACAAAAAUUAAUGGAUUAUAAGCAACUUCAUGAAUAUGAAGGGUCUUUAUCUGACCAAAACAAGCAUCGUACUAAGGAGUUGCCAUACAAGUGGAAGAUUCAAAAUGAGACUAUUUUAUCACAAUCAACGUGUAUCAGAUUGCGAUUCUCUUCGCAUGAAGUUCCAGGAACGAAAAAGAAAGUUGAGAAUAACUCAGGCGUUUUGGGAUAUUUAGUGAGAAACAAAAACCUUGGUCGGAAACAAAGAUGGAACCACAACAACAACAACAACAACAGCAGUAACAGUAACAACAACAACAAGCCCUACCACUAUACUAGUAACGACAAUUAUAACAGUGGUCGUCCUAUGAUAGGUGCAUAUGAUGAUAAGCUUAAAGAAAUGUGGGACACUGAAUAUACUUCACUUUUUUCGAUCUAA